AUGCUGGCGUUAGCGCGUGCCAGCCCACCACCGAACGACGAACCCUUCGUCUUCCCCAAAUGCACCACUCGCCGGCACGCCGACGAGCUCCACGCCCACCUCCUCACCUCCGGCGUCCACCUCAACCCUUCUACCACCUCCCGCCUCAUCCUUCAUCUCUGCUCCUCACCCUCCCCCCCACUCCACCUCCUCGCUCGCCGCCUCCUCCCUCUCCACUCCAUCUCCGAUCCCUUCCUCUACAACGCCCUAAUCAAGGCCUCCUCCAAUGGCCCCAACCCUCUCAACGCCCUCCUCGCCUUCUCCUUCCUGCUCUCCUACGGCGUCUCCCCUGAUCCCUUCUCCUUCUCCCCUUCCCUCACCGCCGCCCGCACCUCCUCCCUCUCCGCCGAGUGUGGACUCUACAUUGCUGCCCGGCAAGUGUUUGAUAGAAUGCCUGUGAGAGAUACUGUUUCUUGGAACUCAAUGUUGGAUGCUUAUGUUAGAGCAAAGAAGUUUAGUUCAGCUCUGGAGAUUUUCUAUGCUAUGAAUGAUGAUGAAAAGAACUUGAUUUCAUGGAACUCAAUGAUCGGUGGCUGCGCACGGUCUUUGAACGGAAUCGGUAUUGCUCGCCAGCUGUUUGACCAAAUGCCGGCUCCCGAUUCUGUUUCUUGGAAUUUGAUGAUUGAUGGGUAUGUCAAACAAGGGAUGAUGGAUGAAGCAUUGGAGUUGUUUGAUAAAAUGCCGGAAAGGGAUGUUAUAGCUUGGGCUUGUAUGAUCAAGGGGUAUAUGGAUGCCGGGAAUGUUGAGCUUGGCCAGCGUUUGUUUGAUGAAAUGCCGGAGAGGGAUGUGAUUGCCUGGAAUAUCAUGAUCACUGGGUACGUGAAGAAUGGUAUGAUCAAUGAAGCAUUGCUUAUCUUCAUGAAGAUGCAGGUCGAAGGUAGGAUAGUCCCCGAUGACACGACUCUGGUCACUGCUCUUUCUGCCAUUUCAGAGCUCGGUCGUACCAGAUUGCAGGCUACAUUUUUCAAUCUCAUCGUUUAA